CUUUAUGUCCGCGGCAGGGCCACCAUCUGAGGUGUGCCAGCCUAGUGUACGACGACGACCUUUUUGUGUAUUGACAAAGGCUUACUGACAUACAGUACAGCACUGUAUAGGUAUCUCCUCUACAGGACCCCUGCACCUGGAGCAUUGAUUGCCACACAUUUUGAGAAACUGGCAUUUAUGAGGCAUUUGUACAGGAUGCUGACAGUCGGCACAGUGCACUGAGGGUGAGAGACAGCAGUCCAACGUCUUGACAGGCUGUUGAUCAUUUUACACCUUUUUUCCUUGCCACGUGGAGACUUUACGUCCAGUAUUGAGAACCACCAGAUAGUUGUUAUAUAGUGAAAGGGAGCGCUGUGACAUCAUCUUCCACUGAAACCAGGUGAUUUCACACUUCGGUAUAGUAAAGGUAGGAGACAUCAUACCUGAAAAGGUGUUGAACAGAGAAGUAGAAGUUAACAUAGGAUCAAAUGGAUGAUAGAGGACAGUCUGUUCCUUUAGAAGAAGCAGUUGAAGUGUUAGGAGCACAACUCGCGGGCCUGAGAGGAAAGUUUGAAGCAGAUCGACGACACACUGCCAGUCAGCUGAUACAGAAAGAUGAGGAGAUUAAAAGACUAACUCUUCAGUUGCAGCAGACCAAGAGUCAAGCGGAGCCACUACAAAAAGAAUUUGAAAGGCAGAGAACAUGUGGUCUUCUUUGGAGGGCUGUGGCACACAUCAAGAUGACGGAGCUAGCUAAAACAAGGCAGCAGUUUGUAAAUACCAGCGACCAACUGGAACACAAGACGGAGAUGAACCAACAGCUCUUGAAGCUACUUCAAGAUUCUGUGAAGUUCGUCGACGAGCUAAAAAAGACUUCCAGUGAAGACAAAGAAAAACUGGAAAGGGAGAAAGAAGAGCUGUCUUUGCAAGCAUGCCAGGCAGGAGAGAAUAACGACUUACUGAAGUCAAAGGUCGCGAGUCUUGAGCAGGUCAACGCCAAUCAGAAGUGCACCGUGGACGAGGUUGAAGAAGUAAGAGAAAAGUGGGACAGAGAAAGGUCGAUAAUGACAGACCAGGUGAAACUAAGCGAGGAAAAGGCCGACGCGUAUCGGGAAGAAAACGAACAACUGAAAACGAGCGCUAGAAAUCUUGAGAGGAAGAUAUACGUGUUGGAAGAGCAACUCAAGACAGCCAGAGGAAGUUGUAAUCAAGGGCAUGCGCACUAGAACGGCAGAAGCUGAGCAGACAGAACGCCUUCUUAAAGGAGAAAUAAUGGAGGAUGGAUUAGAAACACGGAUACUCAACCAAGAUAACAUGCAAUGAAGAAAUGAGGACGUCAGCAAGCCGUCAUCAGUAGAGAAGACCUUGAGGAGACUGUCAUCUCUUCAAUGACAACAUGUGCCUGGGCCCCUCUAGAGGAUCCCCAAUUGUGUUCUCUUCAUUUAACACUAGGUGGCGAACUGUGUAAUCAACAAUAAAAAUCAACAUCUAUUGCUUCCCGCAUGUGGCCGUCUGCCCUAAAACAAGAUUGUCGGUCGUAUUUUCAAACUAGGAGUGGGACUGUAGAGUGGUGUAGGUAGACAAUGACUUUCUUUGUUGUUCUCUUAUCCUAAGCUCUAUAUGCUAUUGCAUUGUAAUUUGGGCUAUAUCACACACUUUUAUAUGUUUAUUAUCAUUUAUUAACAGAACUAACUUUAUCGACGAAGAUGUUCACUGCAUUGCGUCUGCUUGCAUAGGGACGACAACUUGCAUUUAAUGUCUCCUUUUAAGCAGGAGUCGUGGGCCUUGACAGUUAUUUUUACUAUUAACAUACCAAAACUCUUCCCAAUAUAAAAGCUGAUAUAUCAUCUUUUAAAAUCUUUUAUCCCUAAAGAAGAUUGGUUUCUUACAAUGUGUAUUUUGAGUACAGAGAAAACUGUUAAUUUUCGUUUUCCGGAUUGGAUCUUUAUUGGGAAAGAUGUUCG